UUGAAAAAGAAGAUGAAUAUGAAGACGGGCUCAUCAGGCUCUCUCUUAGCUCUCCUCUGCCUAGCUCUACUUCAAUUUUGCCCACACCAGGGUUUGGCUGAUCCUACGGAUGGGUUCAUCUCUCUUCCUCUCAAAAGCUCAAGCUUCGAAAUUCAGAGGCCUUACAACUUGCCUGUAAGCGACCGAUAUAGCUUCACAAAUGGUGUCCACAAGCUCUGGGUCUUGUCCACAGACAAGCCUCACAACCCCAACAGCAAGACCGCUCCUCGCACUGAGAUUCGCAUACGUGGAUAUGAUUAUUCUUCGGGGGUCUGGCAAUUUGAAGGGUAUGGAUAUGUGCCAAAGGGGACAACAGGUGUGAGCAUCAUGCAGAUCUUUGGUGGCAGCAACCAGGCUACGACCAUGAUGAUGAAGGUGUAUGAUGGUUCUCUCAGGUAUUACAGCAAGACGGUCCUCGUCCCUGGCAUCCAUGAUCGAUGGUUCCGCCUAAAUGUCAUUCACGACGUUGGUGCCAAAAAAGUUAGAAUUUUCGUUGAUGGGGUUCAAAAAUUAGUGGAGGAUGAUCAUGGAGGAGAAUCUCAUUAUUUCAAAUUUGGUGUUUAUGCUCAGGAUGGCUCCUCCUCCUACAUGGAGUCUCGUUGGAAGGAUAUCAAGGUCCUGAAAAAAACGUGAUUAUAACAUGGAUGCUUUUUACAUUAUAUAUGUAUUAUGGUGUGCUCAAAAUUUUAAGUUUGGUUUAUCUUGUUUUAGCCUAUUGUAGUGAAAUAAAUCUUGUUCUGUAACGUACAAGGGGUUUAUAGGAAUUAGAGCUAAUCUUCACCCUU